AAAAAAAAAAAAAAAAAAAAAAAAAAAAACUAAAAGAAGAAGAACUGCUACACGUUUCAAUCGUUGACAUAUUGACUUCUUCAAACAAUUAUUAUGAAAUCUAAUUUAUUCGUGUUUAAUUGAUAAAUAUACUCUCAAAAAAGUAUGGGUGUUGCUGAAACAAGUUUUCUUUGCAUUAUUCUAACUGUAAUCAAGUCUUACAAGAUGGUGGUUGUACCAUUGUACUCCAAACAAGAAGAAACUCUAAUAGAAUACGGAAAAAAACUGACGGUUUUGGAUGUUGUUCCACAAGAAUAUAUAGUCUCGUUUGAAGUAAAACCUAUGUCAUAUAAGCCAGAAUGGCAAAGUGUUUUUCAUAUGACACCCGGAGGCGAUAUGGGUUACGCUGAGAGAAACUCGGCGUUUUUUGUUGAUUCUUAUGGAGUUCUUUUUAUAAUGUCACCUAUUAAUGGAACAACACAGUCAACUGAAACAACUGUUCUACCUCUAAUUUCAUGGACUAAAUUAGAAGUAUCUCAAUUAAAAACUAAUGGAAAGUUCAUAUAUAGCAUUUCAAUCAACGAAACAAUUGUUUAUACAACAGUUAACAAUGAUGCACAAAAUUUUUCUAACGUUGUUGUGUACGCUGCAGAUGUAUAUUACUCUCCCCAAAAUGGGUCGAUAAGAUAUUUAUCUAUCAGUGAUCCUGUUCAAGAAACCACGUUUGACAUAGAACCUCUAGUUAAUAUAACUUACAAAGGAGUUCUAAAAAGUAAACUGUUAUCACUGGGUUUAUCUUUGAAUCUAUCAUCAAAUUUGAAUACGUCAAGUUUAACGUUUAAACCAGACUCAAGUUUAUUAACAUUUAAUAUGACAAUUUCAUAUUUUUUUCCCAUAUUCUUUGCAAACAUUUCAGAGAGUAAAAAAAUAGAUUUUGAAAAAAAUGACGGUUUACAUCACAAAUACAUGUGGACUGGUUCGUUGAAAUGUAAAGAAACUCUUACUCACGAAAUCAAUGCAAAUCUCGACGAAGCAAAAAUUCCAACCAAAAGUAAUUUUACAUUAGAAGUACCUGUGGAGAUUUCUUUACAAAAUUAUUUAGGAAAACGAUGGACACAGUUCCGAACAUUUAGAACAAAUUUCAGUUUUCUUUACAAUCAAAAGUUAAACAUUCCACGACAUCCUAAAGCACUUCCAGAGAGCUAUGGCCGAGGAAUAUAUUGGGAUUCAACAAACUCCCACAUUUAUGUUUGCAAAAACCAACAUGUUAUUAGCACAAAGACUGCAUGUUAUUAUUCAAACAACUUAGGAGCGCUAUGGGCAGCUAUAGACGUCAGUAUAGGUUCUAUUAUUGGGCACCAUUCGAUAACAAGAGAACUCUACGCAGUUCACAGAAAUCAGAAAACUUAUUUAAUGUUUCAUAACACAUUCCAAAAGUGGUUUUCUUUAAACGACGACGAUUUUUACAAAUAUUCAGCCAGAUACAUUAAUCCAAAUAUGCGGAAAAAUUUAGAAGGAGACAAUGAAAAAGUCGUUGUUUUAGGUCUAAAUGAAUGGAAAGGCGAUGCUGAUGGAAUAUACUUUAGAAAGUUUAUAAAUGACUCCUGGGUUCAAAGGGUUAAAUGGAAGAUUUGAUCUCGUAUUGAUAGUUAAGAGUUGGCAUCAGUAACAGCAUUGUUACCAGUAACAAUAAUAUUUAUAGCUUUUUGGUGUAAAAAAGAACAAUGUUGCGCGUAACCAUAAUCUAAUCAACGCAGCUAAAAUAUUGUUAUUUGUGGUUUAACUAAAAUAGAAGCACUGUUUUCAUUGUUGGUUUUGAUUAACAAAUAAAAAGAUUUUUUAUACAAUAACUUAUAUUAUUGUUGAAAAUGGACAAAAUUAAUUUGUCAAAAAAGCUUGUUAGGAUAGAUAGUACAAUGGAUUUUGCAACUUUUUGCCACAUGUUUUAACGCCAUUUUUUGUUAAGAUUAACGACAAGAAUAUUGUUAUCGACUAUUUUUUUUUUUAAUUUCUUACAACUUUUAGAUAAAUAAGUAAUAUAAUUAAAAA